AUGCUCCGGCGAGCGCUAGCAGGCCUCGUCCUAGCAGCCACAGCUCGGGCUGCCAUCUUUGCAUCCAAUACUUCCAGCAGCGGCGCCUCAUACGCUACUGCUUCCUAUACCGGCAAGGGCGUCUUUGACAGCUUGGUCUAUCCGUCGUACUAUGUGAACGCCAGUCAAGAUGAAGAGCCACAGCCCAUCAUCAUCAGCAAGGUCGGAGGCUAUCAGUACCCGCUCAACCUGACUUCGCCCAAGUCUAUCCCCAAGAAUGAUACGGUCGACGCCAUUGUCUUUCCGCCGUCGCUCGUCAGCUCGAAGCUCACCAAUGGCACCAGCAAAGGUUCCGCAGCACUCACAAAGAUGGCUCUCGCCAACAUCGAGUCCAUCAUAAACAGCGACAGCGCAACAUGGCCUUCCUGCGCAAAAUGCCUCGCAGGACUUGCCAUAGCCCAAGGACUUGCGCUUGCCGCACCUGCAGAGGUACCCAACCUGGCGACUGCGCUUUGUGUCAAGUACAAGUUCCAGAAGACGCCUCAGCUCUGCUAUAACAUGUACAGCAAGUACGGCCAGGGCCCUUACAUCGCUCAGCUCCUCGCAAAUUUCAACGCGACCGGCAACGAUGGCAGACUCGUCUGUGCAACCCAGCUCAAGAGCGCCUGUCCUCUGCCUCCCGUACCCAAGCUGGACUUAUCGAGCUACUUCAAAUCGCCCAAGCCGACAAAUGGAGUGAAAAAGGUGCCUACGGGCAACAAGCGUCUUCGUGUGCUUCACUUGAGCGAUAUCCAUCUCGACCCAAGGUUUGCAGUCGGCUCGGAAGGAAACUGCACAGGAAGUCUCUGCUGUCGGCCGAAUGACGAUCUGGCGCCCGCUAGCACUUCGACGGUCACUGUUCCAGCGCCCCGCUAUGGCUCCUUCCUGUGCGACUCGCCUUUCGAUCUCGUGACCUCGACCUUUCAGGCGAUCAAGAGUAUCGCUGGCCAGAUUGACUUUACCGUCUUCACAGGCGACAUCACCGCUCACGAUCCUGCCAAUGAGCUCAGUCGAGCGUACGACCUCUAUUGCGAGGAUGUGGUCUAUGAUCUCAUGAAGAAGUUUAUUCCCGGAAACGGGCCCGUCUAUGCCUCUAUUGGCAACCACGACAGUAUACAGCAAGCACAAGCUGCACCUCACGGUCUUGGACCGACGUACGUUUCUGAGCAGUUCAGCUGGAACUACGAUCACUUGAGCUCGCUUUGGCAAGCCGAAGGAUGGAUCGACGAAGCGACGGUGCAGGAGGCUCGCACUCACUAUGGCGGCUAUUCCGUCUCUCGCAAGGACAAUCUCAAGAUCAUCACGCUCGAUACCAAUCUGUUCUAUCGAGCGAAUCUGCUGGCGUACAUCAACACGACGAACUCUGAUCCGUCUGGCAUCCUGCGCUUCUUGACUGACGAGCUACAAUCUGCAGAAGAUGCUGGACAACGCGCCAUUAUACAAUUUCACGUCUUGACAGGCUGGUCAGGAACGAACCCUCUACCCGGACCUAGCGAUCUGUUCUACCAGAUCGUGGAUCGUUAUUCAGAUACGAUUGCCUUUAUUCCUGCUGGUCACCUGCACGAGGACGUCAACUCGAUCUACUACAGCAACAAUGCCACGACUAUGUCUGCAGCGACAGCUCAGCUAGUCACUUGGGUCGGUCCAUCUGUCACACCUCUGACGAACCUCAACAGCGGCUUCAGAAUCUACGAGCUCGACUCGGAGACGUUUGACGUACUCGACGCUUUCACGUUCUACUCGAACGUGUCGACGUACCCCGAGCUUCAGACACAGACAGAGAAUGGUCCGACGUUCAAGUACGAAUACUCUCAUCGCGACACGUAUGGCAGCGCUGUGCCUGACUGGCCUGCCAACGCCCCGCUCAAUGCAACUUGGUGGCAUCUUCUGAGCGAGGCCAUGGAGAGGAACGGUACUUACAUAGAGAUGUUCAACACGCUACAGGGCAAGAUGUCGAGCAAGACAACCAAUUGCACAAAUCAAGCGUGUCAGGAAGCAAAAGUAUGCUAUAUCCGCUCGGCUUCUGCGCCUAUUGCGCUAGACAACUGCUCUGGCAACUACAGUAGCGUGCAGGGGGGCUCUUAG